AUGGGUAUUUCAAAUAAUAAAAAACAAGCAGUCGAUGGUGCAAAUCAACAACAAACAGAUAAAUAUCCAAGUAAAUCAGGAUUACCACCAACAAUUGGUAAUGGACCAAUGGAAAAGUAUGAACCAAAAGAUGAAUAUAUUAGAGUUGACUCAAUGCAACAACAUUGGAUUAGAAGAAAAUUAAUUUCAGAUAAAUAUCCAGAGAUUUUAAAUUUACCAACAAACCAUACACCAACAGCAUUUUGGGUAAUUGGUUUGGUCGCUUCUUUAAUUAUCACUGCAAAAUUAUUAGAGAAUUCACCAAUAUGGUUAAUAGUAGUUGUUGCCUAUAUUUUUGGUGCAACCGUUUCACAUGCACUUUGGGUAUUAAUUCAUGAACUCACUCAUGAUUUAGUCUUUGAAGGUUCAUUCAUGAAUUCAGUUUUCCUUUUAAUUGCUGAUUUACCACAUAUUGUACCAGCUGGUGUCAGUUUUAGACAUUUCCAUAGAUUACAUCAUUCAUUUUUAAAUGAAACUUAUACUGAUCCAGAUGUACCAGUACCAUUUGAAAAUAAACUUUUUGGACAUUCAAUUGUUGGUAAAGCAAUUUGGUUUUGUUUAUAUUCAAUUGUAAUUGCAUGUAGAUCAGUUUUCUAUCCAUUAAAGAAUCAAUCACCAUUCAGUAUGUGGUUAGUUGCUAAUUACAUUUGUAAUAUUACAUUCACUUAUGUAAUCUUCCAAUGGGUUGGUGUUUAUGGUAUGACUUAUUUAGUAUUAUCAAGUUUAAUGUCUGUUGGUUUCCUUUUACAUCCAUUAGGUGCUCGUUGGAUCGCUGAACAUUUCGCUGUUACUCAAUCAGAACAAGAAACUUAUUCAACUUAUGGUUUAAUUAAUACCAUUGGUUUCAAUAUUGGUUAUCAUAAUGAACAUCAUGAUUUCGUUCGUGUUCCAUACGUUUAUUUACCAACUCUCACUAAAGUUGCUCAUGAAUUCUAUAAAGGUGGUCUUAAAUAUCAUACUUCCUAUUGGAGAGUUUUAUAUGAAUUCUUAAAUCAAGAUGGUUUCACUUUUAAUAGUAGAGUAGUUAGAAAUCCAAAAGUUAAAUAA